ACGGCUGAAUUCCUCCCAGAGACGCUCAGAGGCGCCAGAGUUCUGGUGACGGGGGCCAGCUCAGGCAUCGGGGAGCAGAUGGCCUAUCACUACGCUCGCUUCGGAGCUCAGAUCGUCAUCACAGCGCGGAGGGAGAAGGUCCUGCAGCAGGUGGUGGAGGAGUGUCUCCGUCUGGGGGCUCAGAAAGCGGUUUCCAUAGCAGCAGACAUGAGCACGGACUCAGACCCGGACAGGGUGGUGGAUUCUGCUCUGGAGACCCUGGGAGGUCUGGACUUCCUGGUUCUGAACCACAUCGGACCGAGCUACUUGAGGAUGUGGGACGGAGAUCACGAACAUGUCCGGCAGCUCAUGAAGAUCAACUUCCACAGCUACGUCCAGAUGGCUGGGAGAGCUCUGCCCUUCCUGGAGCAGACCAGAGGAGCUUUGGUGGUCGUCUCUUCCAUCGGUGGUAGACUCAGCACUCCCUACGUGGCUCCGUACACUUCGACCAAGUUUGCCCUGAACGGGUUCUUCGGGUCUCUGCAUCACGAGCUGGCCAUGAAGAAGAGCAACGUGUCCAUCUCCAUCUGCACGCUGGGGCUCAUCGACACGGCGUCCGCCAUGAAGCACGUCAGGGAGUUCUCGGACAUGCCGGCGUACCCCGCAGCAGACGCCGCGCUGAACAUCAUCAUCACCGGAGCCACGAGGCAGAGGGAGCUUUUCUACCCCUGGUUCACGCAGCUCAUGGCUCUCACCAAAGACUGGUCUCCAUCUCUGUCAGAUUACAUCAUCCAGAAGUUCUACAAGACCUCAUAACUGCACGGAGAACGUGGACAGACCUGCAUGUUCCUCAGAUUCAGGACGUCUGUGGAAGACGGACCUCAC